AUGGCGCCGACCACGCACGACGCGGUGGAAGAGGCGUCGGGAUCUAGGUCAAGGGCAGAGCGACGGCGGCACCGCCACGAGCCCGCGGUGACUGAUCACCUAUCGGGGGCCAUCCAACCAGAAGCUGAGCCAUCAUCGCAGCAAGGCAAGAGGAAAGCCGCCCUUGAGCAGUCCGAAGGCGAGGGGCGGAAGAAGAAGCGUAAGAGAACCCAGAAGAGCCACAGAAAGAAAGCCGCUGCCUCAGCGUCAACAGGCGCGCAUGCCUCUGACUCUGAGGCCUCCUCUACGGUCAGCCCUCCUCUGCGUUUUCCUCGUAUGCCCAAUCCCGAUGACUUCGGUGGACGGGGUGCACCUGGCUAUCAUGCUGCGAAUGAUGUCUAUUUUGACUUGGUGGGGAAGUACCAUGAGAAAAUGAAGCGCCAAUGUGAGCUUGUCACACUUGAUACUUCUAUUCCUUUCUCGUCGUUGGUAACAGAAGGUCAAUUGAGGAGUGUUCGUGAAUCCGCAACAAAAGCGGUUCUCCAAGUAGCUAAAGUUAUUCUUAGUCUCUCAUCCUAUAUCGAUGGUAAACUGAUGGCACGUUCAUCUGGUUUUCUUAUUGGUUGGGAUGCGAAGAGUAGAGAAGGCACUGUUUUAACAUCAGCACAUAUAAUCUGCUCAAAAUAUACGAGCCAGUGGUCUGGUACAGAUGAGUAUUCACCUAAUGCUAAGGUUGUUGCUCAUUUGUUAGAUCAAGAUGAGACUACUGUGCCUGCACAAUUGCUUCAUUAUGACAAGCACAUCAAUAUGGCUCUGUUUACAGUUGGUAUAGAGUCAUGUGCUAAAAUUCCUGAAUUCAAUAGUGAUGUGAAAUAUGGUCAGGAAACAUUUGUGAUGGGUAGAGAUGAAAAUCUAAAUUUGACUGUUGAUUAUGAGUUUGUUGGAUUUCAUGGCCCAAAUCUACAUGAACGUCCUCACUAUAUGUUCACUGGUGGUGCAAUUAGAAAGUCUAGCAUUGGAGGGCCAGUAAUUGACUUCAGUGGGGAAGUUUUGGGGAUGGCUAACUUUCCAGGAUCAGCUUUUAUUCCUUCCUCUAUUAUAUCGAGGUGCUUGGCUAUGUGGAAGAAAUAUCAGUGUAUCCCUCGGCUGCAUUUUGGGAUGAAGUUUUCACCCAUUAAAUUUCUAGAUCCGAUUCAUGUGGAGAGGAUCUUUCGUAAGUGCAAUGUUGAUUCAGGUCUAAUAGUUGAAGAGGUGUCUAAUGGAUCAGUUGCAGAGGAGCUAGGAGUUAGACGUGGUGAUAUCAUUUACUCCGUAAAUGGAAAGUGCAUUGCUACCACUGUUGAGUUGGAAAGCUUAAAUAUGAGCAUAUGCGAGAAUCAUCUUGAUCAAGGAGGAACCAUCGGUUCCUGGAUAGACAUACCGGUUGGUAUAUUGCACAUGCGGAAAGGUCAUAAAGGUCCAAGUCGCACUUUAAGUCUGAGAUUAAAUGUAUCAGAUGGCAUAGAGGUGUUCGCAAGUCUUCUGACUCCUUUCGACUAG